CUCGCUGCCUCUCUGGGCCCUUUGCAGAACCAGAAGCUGCUUCUGGAAAACCAGCUCCUGCGGGAGAAGACAUGCAGCCUUUCUCUGGAGAACCGGGAGCUUCGCUGCCGCUUGGGUUUGGAUGUGCUGAAGACAGAGAACGAGAGCGAGUCCAAGCAGGUGCAGGCCCAGCAGUCACCAGUUCUGACAGCUUCCACAUGGAUUCUGAUGGCAAUGACUCUUCAGACUCUGAGUCUGAUCUCCUGUUGGGCUUUCUGGACAGUUUGGACCCAGAGAUGUUUCUCAAAUAUGCCGAUUCAGAGUCAGCGUGCCUGGAAAAGCUGGAGGAAGAGAUCUGCAGAGAAACAAAUUCCAUACCAGCCUCCCCCUCUCCCUCUUUGGGGUCCCCAUCAGCUAAGUUGGAGGCCAUUAAUGAACUCAUAAGGUUUGAUCAUGUAUACACCAAGCCCCUAAUCUUGGAGAUUCCUGUUAAAAUGGGCAACCAAACCAAUAUGCUAGUGAAAAUAGAGGAAGUAUCUCUCUCUCAAUCUGAAGAUAAAGCUAUCCCUGAGACCCCAGUAUCUGUGAAGGAGGAACCUGUAGACAGCUUCAUGCCUGAACUGGGCAUCUCUCAUCUGCUUUCCUCUCAUCACGGCCUUGCAGCCUCAAGCUAUCUGUUGGAUGCCUGUAGUGACUCUGGAUAUGAAGGAUCCCCAUCACCCUUCAGUGACAUGUCCUCUCCACUUGACACUGACCAUGCUUGGGAGGAUUUUUUUGCCAAUGAACUCUUUUCCCAGUUGAUCAGUGUCUGACUUGGUAGUGUUAACUCUCCUUGGAUAACUAUACCGGUAGGAUAACAGGACAUUCCCCUUCUAGGGAGGGGGAGGGAGAAGCAAGUUUCUUCAGAAAAAAGUGUUGCUCACUUCUCCCCCGAAUGCUAGUAGUGAUGGCCAAUGCAUUUCUCCUGGGAUGAGACAAGUAAAUUCUCUUCUUCCCCCUGCCCCAAAGGCAAAAUGAACGUUGCCUAAUGAGGAAGGAAAUUUGUUCUCUCAGUAACUUGCCAGUUCUGGAGGAACCUGAAAAUUGGAACCUUGUUGAUGCUUAAAAGCGAGAUUUCUAAUACCAAAAGCUUUGGGAUGUUUGUGUAGACAGCUGGGUUAAAACUAAAUAGGCUGUGUAUCUUACAGAUUUAUUAUGUUAAUGCUUGUUUUCCAUUUGCUAUGUAGAGUUGCUUUCUCCAUUUUAAUAUUUAAAUGUACCUGUGCAAUUAAAGUGCAAUGCAGCUCAUGAUUCA